UCGCGGCAAACACACUCAACUGAACUCUGUACGAAAAAGUUAUUUUCUUCAGUGAAGAGAAAGAGUGUUAAACUUAAACCCACCACCCUCUCUAAUUUCCUCGAUUCAUUCAUUUUCCACUCUUUCUGUUCUCCUUUCCCUCUCUCUCUCUCCCUCCCUCCAUUUUCUUUCUUUUUCAAACUCAAUUUCUCUCAUUUCUUUGCACUUCGAUUCGACUAAACCCUAGAUUUUCCCCCAGAAAAUGCCGAGGGAGAUUAUCACUUUGCAGGUCGGACAAUGCGGGAACCAGAUUGGGAUGGAAUUCUGGAAGCAGCUUUGCCUUGAGCAUGGGAUCAACAAAGAUGGCAUUCUCGAAGAUUUUGCCACUCAGGGAGGAGAUCGAAAAGACGUGUUCUUUUAUCAAGCUGAUGAUCAACACUACAUACCUCGAGCUUUGCUGAUUGACUUGGAGCCCCGAGUCAUUAAUGGCAUUCAAAAUAGUGAGUACAGGAAUCUGUAUAAUCACGAGAAUAUCUUUGUUUCAGACCAUGGAGGUGGUGCUGGCAACAAUUGGGCUAGUGGUUACCAUCAGGGAAAAGGUGUUGAAGAGGAUAUAAUGGACAUGAUUGAUAGAGAAGCAGAUGGAAGUGAUAGUCUUGAAGGUUUUGUUUUGUGCCAUUCGAUUGCUGGAGGAACUGGCUCAGGUAUGGGUUCAUAUCUGUUGGAGACUCUGAAUGAUCGCUACAGCAAAAAACUGGUUCAGACAUACAGUGUGUUCCCUAAUCAGAUGGAAACAAGUGAUGUGGUGGUCCAGCCAUAUAACUCACUUUUGACACUUAAGCGAUUAACACUUAAUGCUGACUGUGUUGUUGUCCUUGAUAACACUGCAUUAAAUAGGAUAGCUGUUGAGCGCCUUCAUCUAUCAAAUCCCACCUUUGCUCAAACGAAUUCUUUAGUUUCUACUGUUAUGUCAGCCAGUACAACUACUCUGAGAUAUCCCGGAUACAUGAACAAUGACUUGGUUGGACUUCUUGCAUCUUUAAUUCCAACACCGAGAUGCCAUUUUCUAAUGACCGGAUAUACACCUCUUACAGUGGAGCGUCAGGCAAAUGUCAUUCGUAAAACUACUGUAUUGGACGUUAUGAGACGACUUCUGCAGACAAAAAACAUCAUGGUUUCCUCUUAUGCUAGAAAUAAAGAAGCUAGUCAAGCAAAGUACAUAUCAAUAUUGAACAUUAUUCAAGGAGAAGUGGAUCCUACUCAGGUUCAUGAAAGCUUGCAGAGGAUUCGGGAAAGGAAGCUUGUGAACUUCAUUGAGUGGGGCCCUGCUAGCAUUCAGGUUGCAUUGUCAAGAAAAUCUCCAUAUGUUCAAACUGCACAUAGGGUCAGUGGUCUUAUGCUGGCAAGUCAUACUAGUAUCCGGCAUCUUUUCAGCAAGUGUUUAAGCCAAUACGAGAAGCUGAGAAAGAAGCAAGCUUUUCUUGACAACUACAGGAAGUUCCCAAUGUUCGCUGACAAUGACCUUUCAGAAUUCGACGAAUCAAGAGACAUAAUUGAGAGUUUAGUUGAUGAAUACAAGGCCUGUGAGUCCCCAGACUACAUCAAAUGGGGAAUGGAGGAUCCGAACCAUGCUCUAACUGGGGAAGGCAAUGCUUCUGGAACAGUUGACCCAAAAUUAGCAGGGUAAACGAAAGUCAGUUACGAUGAAGUGCUGCUAAGAAAUAAAGGUUACAAUGAUGUACAUACAGACAUAAACAUGCAUGCUGAUGAUGAAUCCAUUGAAUAUAAAAUCCUGGGUUGCAGGUUCAAACAGAGGUUCCAAAAGUAGGUUAUAUGAAGAAAAUCUUUAGCAGUUGAUUGCGUUGUGAGUUUUGGGUUUGGUGUUUUGGUGGAAUAUUCAUUGGUUUGUGGUGUGAUUCUGUAGUUGAUCUUCCAACUUGUUAAUUAUCGUUGCUGUAAUUAACUCUAGGGAAUACAGAAUCUCACUGUAUCUUUUUUUUUGUCCGUUUGAUCUUGCUUGUGGAGAAUUUAGGGAAUGUAGUCCACACAUUUGAAUUGCAGCUGGGUUAUCAGAUUCUCGGCCGGCCUACCUUGAUGCCGAAUAGUUUUUGCUUUGUUUUUUAAUCAAGCACUCGGGAAUGUGUGGUACCGGCCCAUGUGAUGGCCAUAAUUUCUAACACCAUGUGAUGCAUAUUGUGGCAUGGUUAGAAGGAUUGGCCCAAUUUGUGUUGA